AUGACAACACUUGGAAACGGUAAAGAAGUUCAAAUAAAUCCUUAUGAAUGUCUAAGAGCGAAUUCACCUGCAAAUAUCAAAACAAUGAUGAAUACCAAACAAACUCUUGACAAAAUAUUUAAGCUUGAUGUAAAAAUGUUUGUCAAGAAUGAAUUUGCUUCACGAAAAAUUCUUUUACUUAGAUAG